CAUGGCAUAAAGCUUUGUGGGACCAGCUUAAGCGACUUCAGUUGCGACACGGUGAAGCAGCUGCUGUAGGAGGGGAGAUCUUUCCCUACUCUCUCGGACAGUCGUUCAUUUGUUUGUGAUUUCUAGUUUGCUUUGACUAUAAACAUUUCCGUUGCUCAAAUCUGGCUUUGAGUCAAUGAGGAAGCGUUCCGUUGCCCUCCAGGGGAAGAUCAACAACAGAUUCGCGAGAAAUGCUAGCAAGCUAGCGUUGGGUUGGUUGUAAGCGAGAGAUUUAUGGGUUUGUUCGAUCACAGUGGAAGAGAACCGAACGUAAUAACAGCGGAGAAUUGUUGAGACUUUGUGGGGAAACGAGUGAACAAUCAAACGGUUUCUGGGAGGGUGAUUUAAGUAGCUAGCUAGCUACAUUUUAUAUAAAAAGCUCUAGAUAGGUAUUUUAAACAGAUCGUCGCGGAAUAUGGCUCAGCAUGGACAUCAUCAUGUAGCCAGUUCCCAAAAAGCACUCAUGCUAGAAAUGAAAAGUCUUCAAGAGGAGCCAGUUGAAGGGUUCAGGAUAACUUUAGUGGACGAAUCAGACUUGUACAACUGGGAAGUUGCUAUAUUUGGACCCCCAAAUACUCACUAUGAGGGAGGUUAUUUUAAGGCUCGGAUCAAGUUCCCCAUUGACUAUCCCUACUCUCCUCCGGCCUUCCGCUUCCUCACCAAGAUGUGGCACCCCAACAUCUAUGAGAAUGGGGACGUGUGCAUCUCCAUCCUGCACCCCCCUGUGGACGACCCCCAGAGUGGAGAACUGGCUUCUGAGAGAUGGAACCCCACGCAGAAUGUCAGGACGAUCCUGCUGAGUGUGAUCUCUCUGCUCAACGAGCCCAACACCUUCUCCCCAGCCAACGUGGACGCCUCCGUCAUGUACCGCAAGUGGAGAGACAGCAAGGGCAAGGACAGAGAGUAUGCAGAGAUCAUCAGGAAGCAGGUCCACGCCACCAAAGCAGACGCUGAGCGCGACGGUGUGAAGGUGCCCACAACCCUGGCAGAGUAUUGCGUCCGCACCCGCGCCCCGCCCCCCGAUGAGGGCUCCAACCUCUUCUACGACGAUUACUAUGACGACGAGGACCUGGAGGACGAAGAUGAGGAUGAUGACGAGGACUGCUGCUACGACGAAGAUGACUCGGGAACCGAGGAGUCCUGACGACCCACCAUUGCCUCACUACCCCUUCCUCUCCCCUGUCACCACCCCCUUAAACUGAACUCAUACUCCAACCCCCCCCACACAGUAGUGCAGCCACACCUGCACGCUAAACCCAGAUGCAUUUUGAAAGAAAGCUACAGAUUUAGUUUGUCCAUUUUGUUUCUGGUGUUUUUAUUUUCCUGUCUGUGUAGUGUUGGAGCUAAUGCUAGCUCUACAAAUGAUUCCCAUGGUUUGCUCUCAAUGACCGCUUGCUUUUUAAAGUUUUGGGUAAGGGCUCGGUCUCCUGUAGAGUGUGUAUCCAGACACCGAGGCAGUGUGGAGAGAGAGGCCUGGGAUAGUAGUGUUCAUCUGAACUUGGUGACCUCUCACCUGGUUGACAGCCUUGUGAUGCCGGCCAGCCUGCCUGUCACAUGAAGCUUUCUGAGGUUAAGGGGACCCCUGACAUUUCACUAUUGGGUCUGGGGUGGCUCACAACUGUCUGCCACUGUCUACCUAGCUCCAGAGUCUAGUUUUACUGUAUGAAUUGGUGGUUUGUAAUGAUAAGGGCGUAUUGCAGACAGUUGAUGUUCUGAUGCUGGUGUACUCUUUUGGAGACCUCGUACAUUUUAGUCAUUUAGCAGACACUAUUAUCCACUGUUUUAUUUAACUAGGGAAGUCCGUUAAGAACACAUUCUUAUUUACAAUGACGGCCUAGGAACAGUGGGUUAACUGCCUUGUUCAG